CUCUUGCUUUAUUUCGUACUUAGACCUGACUAUCUGCAUUCAGGCCGUCGCUGGGAGUUCGACUAAAGCUAGUUUUCAAGUUAGGCAUCGGGUAUGCGAAUGAUGUCGUCGUGGAGACUGACAGCAGAUCUGUUCCUUCUGAUCAGCUUGUGUUUUAGUGCUGGUGGUGAACAAAUGAUUUGGAGACCUCAGAGCUGUAGUCUUGGAUGUAUCCGACAGGGAAGCACAGAAUGUGAAUACUGCAGAAUCACAGCAGAUGAUGUGCAAUUAUCUCCCAAAAUUAACUACACCAGUCCUUUUGGAGGUUGUGUACCUUGGCCCUGUCACACUUUUCUAGGCCAGGAAACCCCAGAACUCUGCCUACAUUAUGUUGAAGCACCGCGCAAUAUUCAUAUAGAGUUUCAAGCCGAUCAAGAUCCAACAUAUGAUGCCAUUACUGUGUCAUGGAACCCAAGUCAAUACGGUAUUGAAUUCUUACGUGGAUUUCAAAUAACCCUGCAGGCUCUUGGUGGAUCUCAAAUUUUGUGUCAACUGUUUCUUCUCCAUAACGACCUGUCCCUCACACCUGCACAUGCCCAAAGGGUGUAUUUUUCAGAUCCCUUUACACAUCUGUCUUUGGAUACCAAAUAUGUGGUGACUGUCAUGGCACUGCCCGUCCCUGAACGUUGGCACCAGUUUUAUCAGAAGAAAGAGUUUUUCACUCGCACAUGUCCUGAAAAAAAUGGUCUGGAAAAGUGUAAAAAAGACUGGUACCCGAGAUAUGUUGAAGUCCACCAGGAUAAGCAGGACAUCCUUGUGACCUUUAACCUUGCACCCGAGAACUUUAAAAUCCGUCACUAUUUCUCAUCAUGCUUUGGAGGCGGACUACGAAACUACACAAACAUUGAGCCAGAUUUUACACUAAACAAGACCCAUCACACAUAUCGCUUGCAUAACCUCAGAGCAGGUACAAACUACACCUGUGAGAUUGCAGCCGAUAUUGUGGAUGCGGUUAGGAAAACAUUUGUCAUUGUCGUUCAUUACAAGUCUGAAGAGCCGUUGACCUCAGACUUCACAAAAUCUUCACUCAUAAUCCUCUUGUCUAUGGGACUUCUGCUCACUGUUAUUGGAGCUGUAAUCUUCACUGUUGUCUAUAAGAAAAGACUGAAGAAAGCAGUAAAGACCAAAAUGAGACCAGAUAUUAUUGAACAGUACUAUGACAAAAAGCUUGACGAAGCACAAUGUGUUCUACUGGACCGUAAUACCCGCCCACCUCGCCUCCUGAUUUGCUACUCAAGUAACGAUGGCCCCGCCCACAAAAUGGUUGUGCUGCAAUUAGCUGCUUUUUUGCAAAAACAUAUGGCUACAGAGGUGCAUUUGGAUUUAUGGGAGUCAUUAAGCAUCAUGGAAGAAGGAAUUAUGGGCUGGCACUGCAGAAGAAUGAGUGAGUGUGACUUUGUGCUGGUUAUAUGCUCCAGAGGUCUCCUUCAGAACCAGAAAAAUCUGUGCGAAGAUGAGGAUCAAGAUCCUGUAGAGAACACUACCUUAACCACCAUCACCCUGAUAGGACAGGAGAUGUGUCGUACCAAAGCCCUGGGCCAAGACCUCUCCAAAUACAUGGCUGCCAUUUUUGAGUACUCUGAGGAGUCCGAUAUUCCUGCGGUACUGAGCCUUGCUUCAAGAUACACCCUGACUAAGGACUUACCUUUGCUCUUUUCUCAUCUUCAUCGGGUGCCUUUGCACAAGCCUGGGGUUAGCCUACAGGUGGAAAACAUUUCGGAAAGUGGAUACUCCAAACUGCCAGCUGGGGCGGCACUACAGCUGGCCAUCCAAGAAGCCAAAGUGCAAAUCUCUGAAGAGCAGAAAGAAGACAUAUAAGUGUUCCCAUCAUUUCAUAUAAGGUCUCUAAAACAACACACAGUGUAACCAAAUGUACAAAUGUACAAAAUGAACUCACUGAUGUGUCCUAUGGUACAUGUUUUUUUGAGACGAAAGGGUGUUUUUAUCAGAUGCAAUGGUCAUUAUUGACAAAUCCUUUCUUUAAAAGGUUUUGACCCUCCAGCUGCCUGUUGCUGAUACUCAAUAUUUACCUGUGCUUGCUUAUGCUUACUGAUUAGGAAUGUGGUGUAAGGUUUUCCAAGUAAAUGGGGAUUUUAUCCUGGUGACAUGGAUAAAAUGAAUUACCAGAAUUGCAUACCAUAUAUCUACAUUGAAGGAGGAAGCUGUGCCAUAUCUAGCAACAAGAAUAUUAUUAAGUCUUGGGAGCGGACCCCUUUGACUUGGGAACCACAAAAAUGGCAACCAGUUUUGCAGCAUAGGGAAGCUUUUUCAUUUAAAAACAUCUUCGGUCACAACUGAAUGAGAAGGAUAAUGAAGUAUUUUGGAACGUAUUGAGACAAAGUGCUGUGAUUGCUCUUUUAGUUCAAUGUCAGUUGUACAGCAUGUGUAUUUAUUAUUGCAUAUAUGUGUAGUUUUUAUGUGCAUGAAUGUUAAAUGCAUUUAAUCAAGUGAAUUUUCAUAGUAUUUGCAUGCACCUCUGUAGGUUUUGCAAUAUAUAUAAGAGUAUUUUCAUUAAGGGGAAACCACAAAUGCUAAAAUGUGUUUAUAAGAGUCUUGUGUUCAUGUUUUUGAUGUAGUUUAUAAAUAACUUUUAUGGUUUUAAACAUUUGCCUCAGGUUGACCUGAAGUGCUUUACCAAAUGAAUUUCCUAUAAGGCCAGUUUCUAAAAUAUUGGGCUUUUUGUAAUAUGAAGGGAAAUUACAAAGUUACAAAUACCUCCAAACAUGUAUGCAUGGAUUUAUUAUUAAUAUAAUAGUUCUAGAAUACGUCCUAAUUAAAAAAAAUGAAAAUGAUUUAUGCAUGGUUUAUUUGACAGCUUUUCAUAUAGUUCUAUUUUUUUAGCCCAAGACGGUGGUUCUCAAACUGGGGGGCCCCAGUUGUUUUAUAUGAUUUUACAUAAUACAUUAAUUUAAGUUCUGUGUAAUUGUACCUCAAAAAAAUAUGUUUACCAACCAACAGCACUAUUUUUGUAUAAAUGUUUUAUUUAAUUAAAUUCUAAGUUUGAAAUUG